AUGUCGACCACGGCCGUCAAGCGGGCGUGCGAUGCCUGCCAUCGCCGCAAAGUGAAGUGCGACGGCAUCAACCCCUGUCGUAACUGUGACUCUGCACAGCUCACCUGUACAUACAACGCGAUACCGCAAAAGAAGGGACCAAAGGGCUCAAGGGCCAAGGUCAUUAGCGAACUGCGCGAAACCCAGCGCCAAACAAGCCUGUCCGCCAAGAUCCACAACCGACUCAAUGGCAUAGACAGCACGACUCCGCCGAACCCUGGGUACGGUCCAACCCCUGGUAUGCUCUCGAGCGAGCUUGUCAAGGAGUCGAUCGAAUUCUACUUCACCAACAUGUACUCGAUCAUGCCGAUUCUCGACCGCCCUUCCAUUGAACCAUUGGCCAUGUUUCCAGAGCAGAACGUCGACGCGUAUUGUCUGUUCACGUCCAUGUCUGCAUUCAUGAUGUUGCAGCCAGGGAUGAGCAUGCCUGGACUCGACCCCAUGCUGGAGCAUGUACCUGGUUCAAGCAUUGUCGCUUCAACACUACUCAUGGAAGAAACGCUUCGUGUCCGCAAGACCCAGGAUUUCGCCGGCACUCCCAGUUUCGACAGCCUCUGCACCAGCUUCUUCCUCUAUUGCUCGAACUAUGCUCUUGAGCUUCACGACAAAGCAUGGUUCUAUCUCCGCGAAGCUGCCACCAUGGCCCAUAUCGCAGGCAUGAGCAAAGAAGAGACGUAUGCAUCGUUGAGCAGUGUCGAAUCGUCACGACGUCGCCGUCUUUACUGGCUAUUAUUCAUCGCGGAGAGGGCUUACGCACUCAAGUUCGACCGUCCUGUGUCCCUUCCUGCCUCUAUCCACCUACCAACCAUGACCGAUGAUCCAACAGACCCAUUGGCACAUCAGCUGAACCCUUUUGUUCUGCUUGCCAGCCUGUUUCGUCCAUUUGACGAAGCUCUCAUCUCGUCAUGGAACAAAACUCGCGGAGAGUACACGCCGUCGUACCUGAGUGCUGUGCAGAAACAAUUCGCGAGCCUGAUGCCACCAUAUAUGAAUGGACAAGAGGCUCAGCUCUCCGAGCUCCGCACGAACCAGCAGUGGCUCAAGACUGUCGCCUGGCGACUGAGUCUGCCCAGCGGUUGUGUGCCGCAGAGUGAGGACGGUUCUGCAUAUCACCACUCUAUCGACAUGUCUCGCGACCUCGUAUCACUCAACUCACAACUAUCACCCCAGAACACCGAGUCUGCUGGUGGACCAUUUGUUUCCAAGCUCUUCAACAUUUCUUGCGAUCUCACGGAUGUGCUCUCGAUGCAGCCCUCCUCAGGAAGCAUAUUUGGCAAUGGGCCUCGUGAACAACUGAAUCCUCUUCUACAACUUUUGUCGACUUUGCGCAGUGGCGAGCAUCACUUCUUACCUCUCCUACUCCACAAGACGCACGAGAUCCUUCCUCGACUGGUUGAUCCAUCACUCCAGCGGGCUCCGGACAACGCGUGUAACAUGAAUAUGAAUAUCGAUAUCUUCGAUGGCUUCGGCAACGCCGGCAUGGCACAAGCCCCUAUGAUGACGGAUUUCAAGUCGGAGCCUUUCACGCCAGCUCAGGUACCACGCAUGGAAGAAAUGGUUCCUGAUUCGUCGAGCUCGAACGGCACCGCGGACAUGAAGUCCCCAUUUCCCAUGGUCAGCUCGCCAUCCAUACUGUCUCCGGGCGGCAUGGAAUAUCCACACAUGGGCGAUUACAACGCCAUCAAUGACAUGAUGAGCCCAAUGGGGCAGAACCCGUCAGCAUCACUUCACCAGCAAAAUGGCUUGAGUUCGCAGCACACUCAUUCUCAACAACAAUUACCGCAGCACCAGCAUGUUCACCAACACCAUGGUUUGACCCAGCAAGGAAUGUCUCAAUCUGCGAGCAUACCGACCCAUGUGCAGUCUAGCCAGACUCAGGCUCCUGGUAUAAGUCAGCAGCAACAAAACGUGUCGCCAAAUCAGGCCUAUGGACAUCUCAACCAGAACAUGAUGAGUCAGGGCUUUGGCCGUCAGCCUGCGCAGAGGACGAACAGCUACAUGGUGCAUCAGGCACCGCACCUGUCGAGAAAUCUAAGCGACUAUCACCAAAUACAACACGGGAACACGGAGAAUGUACCCAUGAACGCCAUGGGUAUGUCCUCAAUGGCUUCGGCUGAGCUGGACUUCAGCAAUCUCCGGUAA